AUGGGUGAGGGUGAUGAUGUUAACACUGAUGAUAACAAUGUCAAAACGUCUGUUGUCAACACUUAUCAUCCGGCGUUCGCCGUCACUAACAUUCGCAGUCUUGUGCCUCUUAUUUUGGACGGUGACAAGGUGCUUUAUAAUCCAUGGGCUACACUCUUCCGCAACAGUGCCAAGGUCUACAAUGUUCUUGAUCAUAUUGAUCCGAAGGUUUCCCGACCUACGGAUAUCAAGAACGACUUGUGGGAGCGACUUGAUGCUGUCGUCCUUCAAUGGCUCUAUGGCGCGAUUUCAACCGAGUUCUUGUACCGCAUUCUUGAUGAAAAGGCUACGGAUCAGGUGGUUUGGGAUACAUUACGUAACCUUUUUCAAGACAACAAAGGCACUCGAGUUGUGCAUCUGGAGAAUCAAUUUGGUUCAAUUACAUUGGCGUCUUGUGUUUCUCUUGCUGAUUAUUGUCAUCAAUUGAAGACGGUCUCUAAUCAACUUGCUGCGAUCGGUCAUCCAAUUUUUGAGGAACGCCUGGUUCUUCAAUUGGCUGGGAAAUUGACCCCGGAAUACGGCAUGGUGGCUACUCUGAUUCAACAGGGGAAUCCACUUCCUUCUUUUUCUAAAGCGUGUUCUAUGCUUGAGUUAGAUCGCGUUAGCCUUGAGAAAAAUAAGAUUGCCUCGCCUACUUCUUCCACGGUAUUGCUUGCUGCAUCUGAUGCUUCUCAUUCGUCUUCACAACCGCAUAAUGGUGGUCGUUCUUCUGCUGGGGCUGCUAAGCCAAAGGGUGGAAAGAAGAACAGCAAAGGAGGAGGCAGUAAAGGUGGUGCUGCUCGGGGUUCACAGCACAAUCAGAACCAGAUGCAACAAUAUUAUUUUCCCCCUUGGGCUGCAUACUAUCCGCCUUGCCCAUAUCCUUCAAUGCCGAUGCAAUGGAGGGCGCAAUCAAGACAGCAACAACCACCAGUCCCUCCGAAUCAGCAGGGGCUAUUGGGCCCUACUCCACGGCAGCCUAAUGCUGCCUUCCUUGCUACUGGUUCAUCCUAUCAACCUACUGAUCUUCCGGCUUUCUUCAAUACUUAG